AUGGUCUCGUUGUCAACGUUGAUAGCUCUGGUGCCGCUUCUCCUUUCGACGGCCUCACAGGAUGCAGCUGCCCACACCUGGUUGGACUGCUUGGACCUGGAUCGUUUGAUCGUUUACGACCAGAGUGCGUUGUACAUCUUUGGCGGAACCAAGGGCCAGCGCUGCUGUCACGGACAUGGAGCAGGGUUCCCGGGUCGUGGUGCCUCCGACAUUGGCACCGCGUACACGUACAAGAUGCUUCGGAACGAGGUGGCUGCAGGGACCCCUGUCUGCCAGAAUUUUGGUGCCAACGCGUACUCGGACUGGCGGACGCGACUGUCGGUGACCCCUGGGCAGACGGCUUUUUUCAGCUACUUGCCGAAUGGCCAUAUUGUCAAGGACAAGAAGGCCAUUGGCACGCAGCACGGGGUUUACUGGACUGGCAAGGUCGGUACUGCGCUUACAUCGACGCUGCAGAUGAAACCGGAGAACUUGCUGAAUGGACACACGAUGAACUUUGACGAUGGCAACUGUGGAGAAUCGCUUGAUAACGAGGGGAAACCGAGUGGCCGUGCAGGGGAUGGCAAGCCCUGCGUCGGGUCGUUCACCAUUCCUGCUGGCACGCCUCCAGGCGUUUAUCACAUGGUGUGGUAUUGGACCUUCUGGCUCGACGACGAGACUGCUUAUGUGGAUCAGGCCCAAGCAAGGGGAUACUUCGGUGCAGCCUAUUCAACGUGCUUUGAGGUAGAAGUCCUUCCGGUCGGAGCUGGUGUUGCUGCACCGGUAGCUCGAGCACCGGUAGUUCCAGCACCUGUAGUAGCUCCGGUCCCGGCAGCCCCAGCACCUGUCGCAGCAGCUCCGAUCGUGGCUGCUACGCCUCCAGGCGUGGCAGCUGCCGAAGCGCGGACAACUUUUGCUUUUCCGGCAUUGACACCUUUGUCAGAUGCUAAGGAUGGUGGAAUUGUCACGCAGGAGGAAGCCUCAAAGACGAAGAUGGAGACGUUGAAUGCGGAUGACUCUGACGAAGAGAGUCUUGGGCCUGGCUUGCCUAAGAAAUACGGCUUUGAAUCUCUCACGACUGAAGACCCGGCAAGCAAGAGCUCUGGGGCCCCCAAGAGAAGCUUGAAGUCGACGUCGGAUGUGGAGGAGGGUGGAAUGGUCACGCAGGACGAGACCCCAAAGACGAAGAUGGGGUUGGUCGUUGAUGCGGAGGAUGUCUCUGGCAAAGAGGCUAUUGAGCUUGGUUCAGUAGAUGCCGACGGUCUCCCGCUGUCGGAAGACGACUAUGAAUCGGUUCCAGCUAAGGAUUCGGCAAGCAAGAGCUCUGGAGAUCUGACCAGCAGCUUGAAGUCGAUGAGCUCCACGUCGGGUGCUGAGGAUGGUGGAAUGGUAAAGCAGGUAGAGAUCCCAGAGACGGAAGUGGAGACGCCCUUGGAUGCGGGUGUCUCUGGCGAAGAGAGUACUGAGCUUGGUUUAGCAGACGCCGAUGGCUCUGAAUCUCAGACGACUGAAGAAACGGUAAACCAGAGCUCUGAGGACCUGAACAGCAGCUUAGAGUCCACAAGUUUUCCGUCAGAUGCUGAGGAGGGCAGUCCGGUCACGCAGGAAGAUACCUCAAAAACGGAGAUGGAGACGCCGUUCGACGCGGAUGAGUCUGACGAAGAGAGUACUGAUCCUGAUCCAGUAGAUAUCGACGGUCUCUUGCUUAAGAAAUACGGCUUUGAAUCUCUCACGCCUGAAAACUCGGCAAGCGGGAGCUCUGAGGACCCGAGUAGCAGCUUGGAGUCGACGACCUCUACUUCAGAUGCGGAGGAUGGUGAGAUGGCCACGCAGGAAGAGACGGAGAUGGAGUCGUCCUCGGAUGCGGAGGAUGGUGAGAUGGCCACGCAGGAAGAGACGGAGAUGGAGUUGCCCUCGGAUGCGGAGGACUCUGACGAAGAGAGUACUGAGCUUGGUUCACUGGAUGCCGACAGUCUCUCGCAUUCGAAAGAUGACUAUGGAUCGCUCGCGACUGAAGACUCGACAAACCAGAGCUCUGAGGACCCGAACGGCAGCUUGGAUUCGAUGAACCCCACGUUAGAUGCUGAGAAGGAUGGCUACGUCAGACAGGAGGAAACGAUCUCAAUGGGAGGCUCUACAUCUACGAGUUCAGGUUCGUCAUCGGGAUCAUCCGGCAAUGCAGUUAAAGUGAAGCAGAGAAGCUCAGCCAAUUCCAUCACGGGACCAAACUGGUGGCUCAUCCUUGGUGCUGCAGUGCUCGUCGGAACGACGAAAUGA